GUGGUUGCCUUAGUGAUGGAUGGGGAGUCGGAACCAAGCCCUGUCGUGGCAGAGGAGGCAGAGAGGGAGGAGCCUACAGAUGCCACUCCUCCCCCCCAGCAACACACCACCUCCCCUGAUGAAGGGUCUGGGGAGGCAGUUUCCAUGGAAACAGAAGAGGAAGCCACAAAGGAGCCCAGCGUGGACGACGACGAUGAUGAUGUAGUUCUUGUAGAAGAGGAAGAUCCCAAGCCUUCCACUGCAACUUCCUCCCAAGACACUCCCAGCGCAGAGCGCUCAGAGCCAGCUGGUGCUGAUGCUGCUGCCGUGGCAACCGUGGACACGGCGGCAAUGCCCAGCUCUCCUCCGUCUUCCAGCACGUCUGUGGUGGAAGCACYUCAGACGGCUGCGACCGCAGCACCUGAGCCCAUCGUCAUCGAUGACGAGGAAGACUCCGAGCAGAAGGAAGCCUCUCUCUCACCUGUGCACCCUGAAGGCCCCUCCYCCCCACACUCACCCAGUGCUCUGAGCACCGCGGAGCACUCAGAGAUCAGGAUCUCCAGUGUCACCACGCUGGGCUCCUGCAGCCAGAAGAACCUGUCCCUGUCUGCAGCGAACACACCACCACAUCCAGCAGACGAGCAGGCAGACAUGAACCUGAUGAUCACCUCUGUCACGUCUCUGCAGGGAGCCGCGGUGUUAUCGGCUGAUGAAGACCACCCAGAGGAGAACGGUCUUCAGAUCAGCAGUGCCUUCAGCUUGAUUCCUGACGCCCCGUCUGCUCGACCCACCACCUCCUUUAACCCAGGCCGGGGCUCAGACUCCAGCAGCCAGCUGGUUCAGAACGGAGACACGGGGACACACAACAGGACAGAUUCAUGGAUCUCUCAGUCCGCUUCAGUUCCCCGAAACCAAAAGCAGACAGGGGUGGACUCUCCGUCACCUGCCACCUUGCUGCCCAAACCUGCAGGCCAGUCUUCCUCUACUACUUCCUCUCCAGGCUCCCAAUCACAACCCAGAACAGUGAAGGUGACGUGUGCUAACUGUAAAAAACCUCUGAAGAAAGGCCAAACAGCCUACCAGCGUAAAGGCUCCUCACAUCUGUUCUGCUCCACCACUUGUCUCUCCGCCUUCUCGCACAAACCUGCCCCCAAGAAGAGCUGCACCAUGUGCAAAAAGGACAUCACUAACAUUAAGGGUACGAUUGUGGCCCAGGUUGACUCUAGUGAGUCUUUCCAGGAGUUUUGCACCACUGGUUGUUUAGGUGCAUAUGAGAACAAGCAAAACCCUCCCAAAUCAAACCUGAAAACCAAAUGCACCGUCUGCGGCAAGCUCACAGAGAUCCGGCAUGAGGUUAGCUUUAAGACGGUAACCCACAAGAUCUGCAGCGAUACGUGCUUUAACGUUUACCGCAGGGCCAACGGGCUGAUCAUAAACUGCUGUGAGCAAUGUGGCGACUAUCUGCCGAACCGGGCUACCGCCAACCACUUCCUGUUGGUUGAUGGUCAACAGAAACGCUUCUGCUGCCAGAACUGCAUCAAGGAUUACAGACAGGCCAACAGUAAACUUGCGAGUUGUGCGAAUUGCAAAACCCUGAUCAAGACCGGCGAGGUUCUUCACAGCCUUGGAAUGAGCGGCAUYAUGAGCUCCUACUGCUCCGCCAACUGUAUGAACAAGGGCAAGCUGACGUCAUCGCAGUUCCUUCACAAAGAACCCACGUGUCACUUCUGUAAGAGGAGUUCAUUACCACAGUACCAGGCCACGCUGCCAGAGGGAAACAUUCUCAACUUCUGCAGCUCGCAGUGUGUUACCAAGUUCCAG